UAAUUAAUUCGUAAUAUUUCUUGUUUUAAAAGAAAAGAGAUAUUAGUUACAAAUUUUUAUUUCUGAAAUAAUGUCGGAUGAUAAUGUAAAUAUUAUCCAGGAAAUAAAUAAAUUAAAUUUGGAGUUAAAAAAGAAAUUGGAAGUAGUCUCAAAAUGGAGAGUCGAAUGUGCUCAAUUGCAACUAGAAUUUCUGAAGUUGUACACUCCAGAAUGUCUUGAAAUUUUCGAAUCGCUUAAACAAAUGACUGACAUGAGUAUCGAUACGAAUACUAAGUUUAAUGAUCCUUAGUUAUUAAAAAAUACCUUCUUAUUAAUGUACCAUCACGAUUUUCAAUAAACAAUAUGAGACAAUUA